CAAAUAAAAUAAAAAUAAAUACACCAAAUAAAAUUAAAUUUUGGAAGAAAAUAUAAUAAUAUUAAUAAAAAAAAUCUCGUCCGUUGGAAAAAGCCAUGGUCGUAAGGAUCGAGUCCAUUACCAGUGACGACAAGGACAUGGUUGGGUCACUUUUGUAUCUUAUUUAGCUUCGAUCUCUCACUAUCUCUCAGUUCCAUGUCCUUUUUAUUAAGGUCCCCGUCUUCAUCUUAUCUGCAAAUGCAACUUCAUCUGAAACCUGAUUAUUCCUUCUUCAUUGCGUCUGCCUCGAUGAUGGCGUCGACCUCUUUGGGACCUUCGACGCUACUAUCUUACGCCUCUUCUUCUUCUUCUCGUCAAUUUCAUGAUUUUGGGUUCAGAUUGAUUUCGAGUCACGAGGGUGUUCGAGUUCCCUCGUUCCGGCGAUUUAGGAUUCACUGCGAGUCCAAGGAAAAAGAAGUGAGGACGUCUUCGCCAGUCCUUGAAAGCUCGUCACUGUCCGGAGAUUCUGCUUUGCGUUCUAAUGAAUGGAAGGCUGUUCCGGAUAUUUGGAGAUCAUCUGCAGAUAAGUAUGGUGAUAGAGUUGCAUUGGUGGAUCCUUAUCAUGAUCCUCCUUUGAAACUGACCUACAAACAGGUGGAACAAGAAAUUUUGGACUUUGCCGAGGGCUUAAGAGUUGUUGGAAUGAAAGCAAAUGAGAAGAUUGGACUUUUUGCGGAUAACUCCUGCAGAUGGCUUGUUUCAGAUCAAGGUAUAAUGGCCACAGGAGCAGUCAAUGUUGUCAGAGGAUCUAGGUCCUCGGUUGAAGAGUUACUGCAGAUAUACCGUCAUUCUGAAAGUGUAGCCCUUGUUGUGGAUAAUCCUGAGUUUUUCAACCGCAUUGCUGAGACAUUUACUUCCAAGGCAUCUCUGAGAUUUUUGAUACUUCUCUGGGGUGAGAAAUCAUCAUUGGUCACACAGGGGUUGCAGGUUCCAGUUUACAGUUAUGCAGAAAUUAAAAGCCUAGGACAGGAAAGGCGUGCAAAAUUGUCAGGAUCUAAGGAUACCAGUAACUAUAAUUUCAUCAAUUCAGAUGAUAUAGCCGCAAUUAUGUAUACCAGUGGUACCACGGGAAAUCCGAAAGGCGUUACGCUUACACAUCGGAAUCUUUUACACCAGAUAAAGCAUUUAUCCAAAUAUGUACCUGCUCAAGCUGGCGAUAGAUUUCUAAGCAUGCUGCCAUCAUGGCAUGCCUAUGAACGUGCUAGUGAAUACUUCAUAUUCACCUGUGGGAUUGAGCAAAUGUAUACUUCUAUAAGAUACUUAAAGGAUGAUCUAAAGCGGUACCAACCAAACUAUAUUGUUUCCGUUCCGUUGGUAUAUGAGACACUUUACAGUGGGAUUCAAAAGCAAAUUUCUUCAAGUUCUGCUGCCCGAAAACUUCUAGCACUUACAUUGAUCAGAGUCAGUAUGGCAUAUAUGGAGAUGAAAAGGAUAUAUGAGGGUAUGUGUCUGACAAAAGAGCAAAAGCCUCCAAUGUAUAUUGUUGCUUUGGUGGAUUGGUUGUGGGCAAGAGUAAUCGCGGCCUUAUUGUGGCCAUUACAUAUGUUGGCCAAAAUGCUUAUCUACAAGAAAAUACAUGCGUCUAUUGGAAUAUCGAAGGCUGGUAUUAGCGGAGGUGGUAGUUUACCCAUUCAUGUUGAUAAGUUUUUUGAGGCCAUCGGGGUGACUCUACAAAAUGGUUAUGGUUUGACAGAGACCUCGCCUGUUGUGUGUGCACGGACGCUUAGCUAUAAUGUUCUUGGAUCAGCUGGGCAUCCAAUGCAUGGUACAGAAUUCAAAAUUGUAGAUCCUGAGACUAAUAAUGUACUCCCUCCUGGUUCAAAAGGCAUUAUCAAAGUCAGAGGUCCACAGGUUAUGAAGGGUUAUUAUAAGAAUCCAUUGACGACAAAGCAAGUUCUAAAUGAGAGUGGAUGGUUCAAUACAGGAGAUACGGGUUGGAUUGCUCCCCAUCACUCAAUAGGGCGGAGUCGCCGCUGUGGAGGUGUCAUUGUUCUUGAAGGCCGUGCGAAGGACACAAUUGUACUAUCCACAGGUGAAAAUGUGGAACCAUUGGAGAUUGAAGAAGCCGCCAUGAGAAGCAGUUUGAUUGAUCAAAUCCUUGUUAUUGGACAGGAUCGACGCCGCCUUGGAGCCAUCAUUAUCCCAAACAAAGAGGAAGCACAAAGAGUAGAUCCUGAAAUACCCGAAGAAAAACUAAAGAGCUUGAUCUACCAAGAACUGAGGAAAUGGACAUCAGAAUGUUCGUUUCAAGUCGGACCGGUCUUGAUCAUCGACGAGCCCUUCACGAUAGACAACGGCUUGAUGACACCAACGAUGAAGAUUAGACGGGACAAGGUCGAGGCUAAAUACAAAGACGAGAUUGAUCAACUCUACAAUUAAGACAUUCGUAUUUUAGUCUUGUUCCUGUUGUUAAUAUUAGUUAAAUCAUACCCAAAAAAAAAAAUUAUUAGC